AUGGUGAAGACGGGCACACAAACGUUAUACUUGUACUACGUAUCGUUUUAUGGUCUAAAUUUGUCGCUAACAGCAAUAGCAUUUAUGCUUCAUGUUAUAUUCACUUAUUUGGCACACAUAUUGCCCGAUGAUAUGGAACUUCCGUUUAAGUUAACUGAUAUAACGGAACGACUUCAACGAAUGAGCCCAUUUAAACUGAAGGGAUUUUCAUUUGAUCCGCAAAAACUCUUAACAGGCGAUUACCAGGAUGAACAAGACCAAAUACAUCAGCCUAUUAUGGAUAUUGAUCAAAAUCCAGCAUUUCCAGUGCUACUUGACAAUGAAAAUUUAGAAGCGAGUGUUACAGUUCGCUCUGACAAUGAUGGUACUGUGCUGCUAGAAGCUGAGGAGCAUAAUCUUGAAAGUGAUGGGAAUCGCAAGCAAAGUGCUAUGGGCGGCGGUGAUACUGCUAAUGAACUUGGCCAUGUAGCACAACAACUGUACAUCUUUAGGAGACUGAUAUUUUUCAUAUUCGUCAUCAUCUAUGUCAUAGCUGUGCCCAUCUGUUUGUUUUAA